AUGUGUGAAGACGCCACUGUUCAGCAGCAGCCUGUGGAGACUGUCAAUGUACACCAAAUAGUCACUGAGAAACAUUGUGUUCAAACUCACACUGACCUGUCCCAGGUUCAGCUGGCUUGCUGUUGGCACUAUUGUGCCUUCCCUCUUCAUGGACGGGAUAUCUGCAUCUGGAAUACCUGCGAACCUCUUCUGCAGCCAUUGGAAUUAAAAGGACAUCACAAGUAUAUUACUGCGCUGGCAUUUGGCAACUUGUAUGAACCACUUCUUCUGUGUUCAGCGGCUCAUGAUUAUGUCAUUAUAUGGGAUGUGGAAGCAUGUCAGAAGAAAAUACUACAAGGUUUUGUGGCUAGAGGAACCAUUGCAGGCAUUCUGCUGGGAAAGGUCUUAUAUUUAUGUUUCAGUCCAGAUGAUCAAACUGUGGCAACUUGUGCGGACAACAGCAUUUAUCUGCUGAGCUGCAAGCAGGAGAAUGUUUUGGCUGUGUUGGAAGGUCAUCUUGCUGCAGUGACGGCUGCAGAGUUUUGUCCUUGGCAACCGAGUACGCUUGUAUCAAUCUCUGAAGACAGAACUUUUAAGGUUUGGGAUCUCACCUGUUAUGAAUUACUGUAUCAAUCUGCAGUGCUAUCAGGCUACCCACUGUUGAGUUUGUGCAUGAACAGCAGAGAUAAGCAGUUUAUUACAGGAUCUGCUGAUGGUCAGCUGUAUGCUUUCGUUUUAUUGGACGGACAACCUUGUCGCCGUGUUCUCCACAUUGACCUGCACAAAGAAUAUCAAAAAUACCACUGCAAGGUCCAGCGGAAAGUUACCCUAUCUGAGAAACCAGGUAUUCGUGGUCUGAACAGCUCUAAGAAUCUAAAGUAUUCAUCGUCAUUUCUCAACAAUGAGAGUGAAUCUUGUGCAUAUAUUGAGCUUCCAAUCCUCAGACUGUAUUGCUGUGAACAUUUAUUAACCAGUUUAUUGAAACACAAUUCAGCCAAUGCAAAAAAUAGCUGCAGUAGUGUGUGGGUCGGCACAAUAAAUGGAUUAUUCAGUCUUAAUCUUGGCACUGGUGAGAUUGAAGCCACUGUACAAUUUGAAGAUCAUCUUGGGCUCAGCAUUCUGACAACUGGAUCUUGUGCAAUAGCAAAUGGAAGCAGUAACCAGGUUUUGUGUCUCCUUUCUUCCAUGUUUGGAAAUGAUAUUGCUCUGCUGGAGAUUCAUACUCAGGAACUUGCAGCUGUGUGCCUUAACUACACCAAUCUAACAGAGGGCAAGGAGGAAAUUUUGAACGUAAUUGCUAGAACACCUUUACUGCCCACUUCUCCAUUAACCGUUGAUCUAGUAAAAAAAGAAAAAGGUCAUUCAAAGACAGUAAUGAGCACCAUGAACGAUAAACCAGUCGUGUAUCAUACCAAAGUGAAGUCUUCUGGCUAUACCUCAGCACCUAGGAUGAAUCUGUUCUCAUCUAAAGUAAAUUCCUCAAGACAUUCUAACUCUGCAGUGCAGACCAAAAAUAACCGCAAGGGAUUUACCAAAGAAUACCCAUUGGACAGCCUGGCACCAAACAAACUGUACAAACAAGUGGUUGUUUCAAACAAACCAACAGCUGUAUGCUGCCUGCAGUAUUCAGGAGAUGGAAAGCGGCUUGCCUGUGGUCUGGCUGACAAAACAAUGCUUGUGUAUACUUCUUCACUUGCAGGAUCCCCGGCAGUGUUUAAAGGUCACGAUGGAGCAGUGUCUUGUGUUAGUUGGUCCCAAAAUAAUAAAUGGCUGCUAUCGGCAUCUGAAGACCAAACGCUGUGGAUCUGGCCAGCUCAAGGCUCAAAACCAGCACUGAUCUUGGGGGCUGACACCUUUCUGAAGCCAGCACGGUCUGCUCAGUUCUACUAUAUGGACAAAUUUCUGUUGUUUGCUUCUGGAUCAGAGUUUCAGCUGCACAGAUACCAUUUGGAUACCAGCAGAGAUGACAUUAAAAGUUAUAAAAAGAAGAGCAGAAGCAAAUUAGUUGGCAAAUUCAAGAUGACUGCCACCCAGGAGAUCACCUGCCUGUCAGCCGUGAAUGACUUCUAUUCUUAUAUUGUGUUGACAGCUGGCACCAACCGUGCUUUAGAAGUGUUUGAUCUGAAUGUUGGUCAAAGUGUAGUAACUGUUCCAGAUGCUCAUGCUAGACCUGUGCACCAGAUCUGCCAGAACAAGGGCUCAGCAUUUAGUACUCAGCCUUCAGAAGCCUAUAAUCUCUUCCUGACGACUGCUGUCACAGAUGGCAUCAAAUUGUGGGAUUUACGCACCUUAAGAUCUGUCCGUCGAUAUGAAGGAUACCACAAUCGCUGCCAGCCCUGUGGGAUUGCCUUUAGUCCCUGUGGGAGGUUCUUGGCCACAGGAUCUGAAGACAAAUGUGCUUACUUGUUUGAACUUGGCUCCAACAAUUUCAUUCACAAACUAUCAGGACAUACAGACACCGUCAUCAAUUUAGCAUUUAGCUAUUCUGCACCCAAGCUCACCACGGCCACCCUGGAUGGCAAACUCCAACUCUAUGUACCGUAAGGAAUGAAAACCAAAAAGCACACAGUGGACUCUUGAAAACUGGACCUAUAACUUGGACACAGCAGACAUUGUUUACAAUAGAUGAAGAAGUUGAAGGGUUUUCCACAAUGGAAACCAAAUUAUAACUGCGGUACACCGGAAAC